ACCUUAAUUAAUUGGGUUUUCCCCUUCCUUUCCACCCAGUUGUUGGACCUACUCACAAUUUAGUUUUCUUCCCUCAGAACGAAGUAACAUUAGCUAAGAAGCUACGGAAACCAGCUUUCUUUCUUUCUUUCUUGACACUUCAUAAAAACUGUUUUUACUUUUCUUCUCCUUCUCCCACUCUAAAUGAAUGACAUCCUAGCAAUGAAAUCAAUGGCUUCAGCCAAGACUGUAAGUUUUGCCUAUCCGGAGGACUUGCUCAAGGCCGAGAAUAUGAAUGCUGGAACAGCCGUGCAGGGUUUGAAGGUGGGUUUUUGUGGGUUGAGCAAUCCUGCAGGAAAGGCUAGGCUGAGCUUGGUGGUGAAAGCGAAUGCCGGAAACCAUAAGAGUGUGGACAUGAUCAAUGGGAGGAAGGUUAAUGGGAUUGCUCCUGGCCGGGCUCCACAUUUGGGCACUAAUCAAAGAAGCGUCAAUGAGGCUGCCCAGGCUUGGCUCCAUGGCAGAUUUGUCGAGGAUCGGUUUGUUUACAGGCAGACAUUUGUUAUCAGGUCUUAUGAAAUCGGUCCAGAGAAAACUGCUACCAUGGAAACUCUGAUGAAUCUUCUUCAGGAAACAGCUCUGAAUCAUGUAACGAGUUCUGGUCUUGCCGGGAAUGGCUUUGGUGCAACAAGAGAAAUGAGCAUCAGGAAACUCAUAUGGGUAGUCACACGCAUACAUGUUCAAGUCGAAAAGUACAGCUCCUGGGGAGAUGUGGUUGAGAUUGACACCUGGGUUGAUGCAGCAGGAAAAAAUGGAAUGCGUAGGGACUGGAUAAUUAGGGACUACAACACCCAAAGAAUCAUCACAAGAGCAACCAGCACUUGGGUGAUCAUGAACAGAGAAACAAGAAGGUUGUCCAAGAUCCCAGACGAAGUCAGAAAAGAGGUCCAGCCCUUCUACCUCGACAGAAUUGCAAUCUCUACCGAGGAUGUUGACAGCGAAAAGAUCGAGAAACUCACCGAUGGAACCGCGGACCGUGUUCGAUCAGGCUUAGCCCCCAGAUGGAACGACAUGGACGCCAACCAGCACGUAAACAACGUAAAAUACAUCGGAUGGAUCUUAGAGAGCGUGCCGAUUGACGUGCUGGAAGACUAUAAUCUUACAAGCAUGACGCUAGAGUAUCGACGCGAAUGCCGGCAAUCUAAUGUGCUGGAAUCCUUGACGACCACGAAACCGAAAUCAGCCGAAGAAUCAUCAGGAAGUUGCAGAGAUGGCGACAGAGGAGACCUGGAAAGCACGCAUUUGCUUCGAAUGCAAGCCGACAAGGCGGAGAUCGUGCGAGCGAGGUCGGUGUGGGAGCCCAAACCGAAUUACAUGAUUUAA